AUGAUGAUGUUGCUGCUGUUGCUGCAGCAUGAGGAUGAGCUGCAGCAGCAGCAGCAGGAGAUGGAGGCAGCAGCAGCAGCAGCAGCAGCAGAAAUAAAAUCAGCAGGAGAGUGUGAUGAAGCAGUAAGAGCUUCUCGUGCAGCAGCAGAUGCAGAGAGAGCGAUUGCAUGCAGUGAGGGGGAGCUGCAGCAGCAGCAGCAGGAGAUGGAAGCAGCAGCAGCAGCAGCAGCAGCAGAAAUAAAAUCAGCAGGAGAGUGUGAUGAAGGGAUACACCUGCUGCAGCAGCAGCAGCAGCAGCAGCAGCAGCAGGAACUGAUGCUGCAGCAGCAGCAGCUGCUGCUGCAGCAACUGAUACUGCAGCAGCAGCAGCAGCAGCAACUGAUCCAUCAACAGCAGCAGCAGCAGCAGCAACCUCCGCAGCAGCAGCAGCAGCAGCAACAGCAGCAGCAGCAACAGCAGCAGCAGCAGCAGAGAAAGAAGUUGAGUUAUAUAAAGUGGAUGGCAAUUGUCGUUAUGCAGCAGCAGCUGCUGCUGCUGCUGCAGCAACUGAUACUGCAGCAACAGCAACAGCAGCAGCAACUGAUCCAGCAACAGCAGCAGCAGGGGCAACAGCAGCAGCAGGGGGAGCAGCAGCAGCAGCAGCAACUGAUCCAGCAGCAGCAGCAGCAGCAGCAGCAGGAGCAGCAGCAGCAGCAGGAGAGAAAGAAGAUGAGUUAUAUAAAGUGGAUGGCAAUUGUCGUUAUGGUUAUGCAUUAG